AUGAGGUUCUGUGCCAAAUCAAUGCUUCCAUCUCAGUGGCUGUUCCUGGCAUAUGUGUUAAUGGUGUGCUGUAAAUUGUUGUCCGCGACUAGCUACCAUCCCCGGGGGCAUCCAGGCCAUCACCAAGUUAAGCAAGGGACCUGUGAAGUAGUCGCAGUGCAUAGGUGUUGCAACAAGAACAAGAUUGAAGAGCGGUCGCAGACGGUCAAGUGUUCCUGCCUCCCAGGGCAGGUUGCUGGCACGACACGAACGCAGCCCUCCUGCGUGGAAGCUGCUAUUGUCAUCCAGAAGUGGUGGUGUCAGAUGAGCCCUUGUCUGGAAGGAGAGGAAUGUAAAGUGCUUCCCGAUUCCUCAGGGUGGUCGUGCAGCAGCGGAAAUAAAGUCAAAACUACCAAGGGCCGAGUAACCCGCGCUGUGGUCGACGCGGUUUUCCAUUACGGCAAACGGCUUGCCGAGUUCCAUCAACUGCGCAAAGAGCAUCAUACGGGCCUCGAAGUGCUAAAACGGGAACGGGGUGGAAUCGACAAUCCUUUCCGGAAACAUGCAGCAUGUGUGCUCAACAGUGUAAAUUCAGAUAAUGAUGAAUGGAGUCGGCUUCUGGAGCGAUCUGAUGGUACUUCAGGCAAGCGGAGUGGAUGGGCUUCCCAAAGAGCUGAUGAAUGGCCUAGUGCUCAGGGAGUUGGUAAAUGUGGACAACUUCAGACUGCAGAUAAGGAGUAA